GGAUAAUCAGAGAUUUUCUGAUAGCAAAAAAGACAUUGAACAUUUGCUCCCCGUUCCCCUCUCCAAUCAUUGUGCGCAACUCGAUUUAAAAAUAAUCAAACUCAAUUUUUUUGCUUUUUGUUAUUUUGAAGAAUAUUAUGACAAACACACGCAAAAAAUUACCUUACAAACCGAUUUUGUGGUGAAGUCGUAGAGACAAUAAACUUGGCACAAAUAUUGUUUACUGAGUCAGAUUUUAACUAUUUUGGAUAAUCGAAAUUUAAAUUUGCCGCCGAACCGGAAGUACAACAAUUACCAACCUCACAACGGUGGUAAAAAAAUCAUAAACGCGUCUUUGUUUACUUGUUUACCAACAAUUUAUUGUGGAAUUUGGGUGAAAAUUAACGAAUUUCGAAAGUGAUUUACCGAUUUUGAACAUUUACGGUGUUAAUUAUCAAAAAAGGAAAAAACAUAGUGAGUCAUUGACCAGUGAUGCGUUUUUGUUUCAAGUGUCAAACAACAUAACCUCAAAAUGUGAUUUAAAUCAUUAUUUUUUAUUUGCAAAUUUGAGAAAUUGUAACGGUUGUGUAACAAAAAGUGGUGGGAUUUGUACAAUUGUGUUAAUAACAUUUGUUUUAUUGACAGUUGGGGUAAAGUAUGUGCAAAAGUGUAAUUAGAUUUUUGAAUGGUUUUCGUGUGAAUAACGCCGCAAUGUCCCGCGAAUUGGUAAUUUCGACGUUUAUAUAAUGCCAAUAAGUCGCAACAAUGAUCAAAACAUAAAACGACUUUGUGCGAAAAUGUCCGAAAAUUUUCCAGAUGAAUGCAAGUCGAAAUUGUCAAAAUUACCGGAUUCUACAAGUUAUUUAGCACAAAGUGUCGAUAAAAACGACUUAAACUUUGCCUACGAUCAUAUGUACGCAUCAAACACGGAAAACGGCGAAAUAAACACAACAAUAACCGAAGAUGCGAACUGUCAAAGUGCCGAAAGUGAGGUUAAGUUUUGGAAAGAGUGGUUGAUACUCCAUCUCGACCUCAUCCAACAACAAAGCGAUGAAAUUUUAAACAAGGAGAGAACCAUCCUCAUUCUCCAACAAGAAAAUGAAAUGCUUAAAGAGCGCAUAAGUUGUAUGGAACGCGGGGCCCCUUUCCACCCCAACAAGUUCUACAAUAACCACUCCACGUCGUUUUUGGACGAAGGACUAGAUAUGACUCAAGAUUCGAGUGUCUGCGACGAAGACAACAAGAAUUGCUUGGACCUUUUGGACUUGAAUUGCGAAAACGGUACUUGUCCACCACUGAAACUUGCCAAAUUUGAGGAAAACAGUCGCAGUGACGGCGAAUCUCAAACGGGGAAACCUUCCAUAGACAAUAAGUUUGAUUCUCAGGUUAACUAUCAUAAAAUUAGUGACAAAUUGAAAAGUGAGAGUGAAAUCGCAGAUUGUAAUAGUACUAGUGCCGGGUUUGACUUUACAGUUAAUAGUUCGGACGAAUUUGACCCAAUGAGAAACUUAAGAAUGAGUAUUAGGAGAAAACGGUUAAGUAAUUCGUCAGCUGUGUCCAACAACGACUCAGUUUUGGAGGAAAAACGCUCAUUUAGGAAGUUUAAAAAACGGCGCAAACGUGUUUUGAAAGACUCUCAGAUUUUGACCACAACGGAUCAGUACAUUACUGAAGCUGGUAGGACGAAUUUGAGGCUGUCAAACGUCACCGAUUUACAAGAAAUUCCCAACAACACGAAUUUGGAGGUCCCCCGUUGGAGGGUCAAAGUCUACGCUAGUUGUUACGCAAUGGAAGGGACUGAAAAUUUAGAUGAUGAAGUUUUUAACAAGAGACACAGUCGGUUGGAAAACGACGAACGUAGGAGAAAGCGAUGGGAUGUUCAAAGGAUAAGAGAGCAAAGAGUAAUUGAGAAAUUGAAGCAGAGACAGGAAAGAUUGGGUUCGGGGUCGCGAACGGAUGAACAGACUGAUUCCGUGUUGUCUCUUUGGCCCACUUUAGAAAAUAUUAAAUAUUUAGAAGUUUCAGAUCAAUUGCCGGUGUCGGCUUUUGGUUCCCCUAUUCCAAAAAUAGCCCCAAGUGAAUUUAAUUUGCCAUGGUUGAGUAAUCCGUCUCUAAUCACGUCUAAGAAAGGGUCAACGAAACGCACAACAUUGAGAAGGAAAAAUUCGAGGAGAUAAGUAUUACGUUGGUAACUCAAAUAAAAUUUUAGUCAAACACCACUGCCUGUCUUUUGUAUAUAAAAAUAAAGUGGUGAAAUGAACGAAAAUGUGAUUUUGUGAAUAAACAUUAUUUGUAAAUUGAAACAAUCUCAUUACAUGACAGUUUGUAAAGUAUUUAUUUAGGUUUUAAGCUUACUUUUGAGUAGACUAUUAGGCGACGUAAUACCAGUUUAGGUCUGUAUUACCCCACAUUAGGGAACCUAAAUAAUUUUUAGAUUGCGAAUUUUUUAUUUUUUAAGUAAUGUAAUAUUGUGAUAUCGGAAUUGUUAUGUCGAUAGAUUUCCUGAUAAUGAUAUUAAUUUACAAAUAUAUAUUUUUAGUUGAAACACAUCAAAUAAAUAAAUGUAUUAGUUGUACUUAUUUGUGUAUCAGUCACUGUAUUUUAAAAUAUACACAAUUUUCCGAAA